AUGGAAUCCCCAAAUGCUGCAGCCCCUCCUGAAUUGAUGCUAGUCGUAGAUCCAGAACUGCGAAUAAUGCCACUAUUGUUAGAUCUGGUGGACGAAAAUCAUUAUCAGGUAUCCCCAGAUCUUCAAAUACUGGAUAAGGAUGAUUUUUCAUGUCCUAUCUGCCUCGAGCUUUUUUCCACAGUUCGCCCGAAAUUAUCCAUGUGCAGCUGUAGGCACAAUCUGUGUGUAAUCUGCUUCUCGCGUCUUGCGUGGGGUCAAACUUUUGAUGGCGACGGGUGGGCUCGAUGUCCGUUUGAUAGGUCCUAUCUUGAGCUACGAUUAAGAUGGAUAAUUCCUUCAAUAUACAGCAGGUUCAAUUUCUCGUACGACUAUUGUUCCAAGAACUAUUCACAACCUCCAUCCUCAGAUAGCGCAGUUUCGAGUUUAAUUAGUCCUAUUCGAGAUGGGUGUUGGGUUAUAGUAAGAAACAUAGCUCAUGUUGAAGUACGACAAUUUGACAUCUACACAGAAACGUUUUUCAAACGUGAACUCUCAGUCACAACCACAACCUGUCCGCAUUGUAUCAAGAGCUAUUGGUUCAACACAACACCUGAGAAAGCUGACAGAGAAGCACAGAUCAUGACAGAGUUCAUCGAUGGUUUGAUAGCGCCAUUCGAACGCAAAGAUGUUCCUCAUUGGACAAGAAAACGAGACCUACGCUCAUGCGAAAAAGUGAAAGACAGAAUCACUGGAGAACAAUCAGCUUGGGUCGAAAACUGGUUCCAAGAAGGUCUGUGGUUUUGCGAUGAGGUAAAAACAUGUGAGGAUGAAUCUGGUAAGCCUAUGGAGGGUUCCACUAGCACCAAAAUCUUUAAAGAGAAUACAAAGAUUCGGGAGAAAUUGAUUCCGCUCAGCGCACCGCCUUCAAUAUUGGAUAUCAGAUCGAGUGUAAAAGACCGAAAACGUCUAUGUAAAUUCUUGAUCGACAUACAGAAGGUUUUCACUCGGAAGUAUCCUGCAGUUCAUCUUUUGAUCGGGAUGGCGGAUUUCCUCCAGUCUAAAGGAAUCAAAAUGUCACAAACGAGGCUCGCAACAAAUCCUCGAGAGCAGUAUGCUGACCUCGAGCAUGAAAUCAGCGAUUUUCAUGACAAUGAACCAAUCCUCAUCGCCAGGGCACCAGAUUUUUACUGGAAAGACAUGUAG